GGAAUGGUGAUGAUCCCCACGCUUUGUCUCACGAGGCUUCCCCGCUAUCGAUCGUUGCCGAUGCGAUUCAAACUUUUAGCACCAUCAUUCAGCUAAGCCAUAAGGAUUUAAUUGAUAGGACAGCGGAGGCCGUCCAUCGCUUUCGUAAGAUCGCCAAUGCAACCGGAUUCUUGCAUGAGGAUAUGCUUCGCGAGGUAUUGUAUGAUCUUGGUAAGAUGAAGGAUUCUUGUUGCUUCAUGUGACAGCAUAUAAUGCUGGUACCGUCAUAACUUGCAACAAGGACACCGUUGUUCGCGCCGUUUGAACUCUCACCCCAGAACGAAAGGGUAAUGGCUAUUUCAGGGCGUCUCAAGGGUUCUUUUUCACCUUCUUCAAUUGCUGUAAGCCUUGAGGUGUUCAGAGAGGAGCAAUAUCAAGAAGGUCUUGCAAAAACAAUUGCGACAAUGAGUCACCAAGAUGUGUCUGAGAUGAAGCCAAAGAUUAUCAAGGCUGGCGACCAGAGGAGCACAAGAGAUGCUAUGCUCAAGUACAUCUCAAUUAUCUUUCUUUCCUCUGAAUAGAUAGUUCCAGUGGCACUAACGACCCACUUAAUUUUUGAACUCUUGAAAUUGAACAGUUGGAUCUUAAUGAUUAGCUACACACCAAUGCCUUGCUUUUGGAAUGGUUAUUACAGUCU